AUGAUACUCUACACAAAGAUAGUAUUAGGUGUUUUUAUGAUGACGGCAAUGGUCCCAACGAUCAUUGGAGUGAAUGAGGCCUCCAAGGGCACCCGGAACCAUGAAGAGCGCAGGCGUGAGAGUGCGCGGCAACAGCGCUGUCACCUUUCGGUGCAGUGCAUGCCUUUGGAUGGAUCACCGCAACAGGGAUUGGCAACUCAUAAUGCCAAAAUAUACAUUACCAAAUCUCCCAGCCCGCAACUUUCUCCAUUACAUGGUGGCUUCUAUCAAUAUCCAGAUUUCUCUCCUGGCAACACAGCAGGCUUCGUCUCCAUCACAGGCGAAACACCUCCAACUGUCCGCUGGAUUUAUCUGGAUUCGCAGACCCAUGAGAUGCGAUGGGGAGGGAAACAAGAUACUGAGGGAAAUAUCUGUGGCCCUUUCGACUGGACACAGGAUGAAGAGCGAAUAACACUACAGGGUUGGGAAGGCUGGUUAGCCGUGCGACUUCCGCAUGACGAGAAGAAAGCUGAAGAGUUAGGUUUGGAAGAUGGCCCAGGUCUUUGGAGACUUUACUUCGACCGACACGACAACGGGGCCGAUUUGCCUCCAGGUGCCGAAGCACUAGAAGUCACACUCAAGCGAACGGUGGCUCAAUCCUGA